UUAUUUCGCCUUUACUGUCGAAAGAGAACGAUUUUACGAAACUUACAAGGAAUCAUUAGUAGUGCAUCUGCAUACGUUCGCUGUCGUGCUUUUCAAUACAAUCUGUUGUAGCGUUGUUGAUUGUAGAAGAGGUGCCUUCAGUUCGGUCGGGAGUUUGAGAAAUCAUUGCAGUGCAGCGGUUGAGUGAAACUCGGAUUCUUACCACCUAUAUCUUCACAUAUUCAUCAGGAUAGGAGCUUUGCAGAGCCAUUCUACAUAAGAACUGCAAUACCUUCAAUUUUUGCACAAAAAUAUCAAAAUGCAGGAAAACGCGAAGCAAUGUCAGAGUGAAUUUUCCACCAUCAACAUCCAAGACAAAUCCAUCUUGGAGCUUUUCCAACUUUUAAACGAAGGAGAAAUCGAGACUUGUAAUCUACGUCCACUCAAGGAGGCCACUCUAAUAUUAGGUAACUCGGGUAGUGGCAAAACCACAUUUACAAGAAGAAUCGCUGGAUAUGGCUCCGCUCUCAAAUCAGUUUUUGACGUGCUCGAUUACAAAAUCGUUAGCUGGAACAGCACAGUCAACAGCGAAUCGUUCAUAAACUCGAAUACCAAAUUCCCGGAGCAAAUAGAGGAUAAACGCACCGGCGCAGUAUAUUACGACUUUCCAGGAUUCAAGGAUACCAGAGGAUCGGCUCACGAUAUUGCUACGACAUAUUUCAUCAAAAAAAUCCUCGAUAAUGUUGAACAAGUCAAAAUGCUCGUUUUAAUUAAUUACGUUUCGUUAACCGAACACGGAACUAGAGAUGAUUUCACAUCAAUUUUACAGCAUGUUGCAAAAUUUGUUAGAAAUAUCGAAAAAUAUAAAGACGGCGUUGCACUUAUUGCGACAAAAGUCCCGUAUCCCAAAUUGCAAGAUGAUGUGAUCGUCGCUUCCAUAGCCAAAUUCAUCGAAAAAGUUCAACAAGAUUUGAAAAAUAAAAAAAAUCCUUCCGAAGACUACUCAGAUGCGAUAAAACUAAUCAACAUUAUACUACAAAAGGAAGGAAAUAUUUAUCCAAAAAUCGGUAUUUCCAGAACACCGGAUGAUGAAGGACUGCUGAGUGAAAUUCCUUUACUCAAAACGAACGAAGAAAAAAUCAAAACCAAGUUGGACAAGUUGAAAUUUGUCAAAAAAGAUGAUACAGAUUUCGGUUACAUUAUACCGAAGCAAUCCCUCAUAGGUAUUAGCAAUCUAUUGAAUCAAAUCAAUGACAGUAUUACUGCCAGUGUUCGAGAAAUUGGUAAAGAAAUACAGAAAUACUUGUCCGCCGAAGAAGACCGAACUCACGAUAUCGGCCAAUUUUUUAAUUUUACAAGCAUCAAAUACAAUGAAUUAGAGAAAACAAAAGAAAAAGCAAACACUCAAGAUAAAAUCGAAAAAUGUACGCAAGAAGUGAUUAACGGAAUAGCUUCCUUGAAUAUAAACUCAGCGCAUCAAAACAUGCUGAUGAGGUACGGAAAUUAUUCGACAUUUUUACGCCAGAUCAGCGACAAUGCCAUAAAUGAUAAAUUCAAAUGUGCGGAUGGAUUACAAGACGUCAUCAAGUACUCAUUCAAGUUGGGAAAAUGGUAUAAUUUUUUGGACAAUUUAUACGAUAAAUUAUCCAGUUACGAUGUACAAAGUGACAUCGAUCACAGUCAAUGUACUGCGUUUGCUAAUCAAGCAACUAAAACCAUUCAAAGUAAAAAAAAAUAUACAUUUAAAUUCGAUCAGCCUGAUUUAAAAAGCUGUUAUCCGUAUUACGAAUCACAGCUCGAAGAUAUUAAAGAAGUAACAAUUGACGAACCAAAAUCAAAAGCUUUGGAAAAAGUGCUGAACUCGACAAUGACCGACAAUGCAUCUUACUCCUGCGAAAACAACAAACUGGUGAUAAAAGGGCAUUUUCUCAAACUCAAAGAUAUCCCCGAUAUUCAAGCAAGAGAAUGCAGAACACCGCCAAAAUUCAUAGAAAUAUUCGCAUUAAACGAGAUAUUCAUCAACGCAGACUUGGAUAAAACAGGAGAACAGGUGCAACUCUCUAUCGUAGCUCCCGUAUGGAAUAUUCAAGGCUCUCGUAAAAUUACCCUAGAUGGCAAACCUGGCUGGUCUGCAUACCCUACAAAAGCUACACAGCAAAGGUCAGAUGGUAGUGGGGCAGAUGGUCAAAGAGGAACACACGGAGGUCCAGGUGGAAAUUUUAUUGGAAUAGGCGAUACGUUCGAGAAUUUGCAAGGACUGGCUGUUUCUGCUAGAGGUGGUAAUGGAGGACGAGGGCAAGAUGGCGCAGAUGGUGCAAAUGGUAGUUGGGGUGCUAAUGCUUACAAUGAUGUUUACUUAGAUCAGAAUUUCGGACACUUUUUGGGCACCUUUCUUAGCUUUGGGUUGGCUAGCUUGGGUCGUUUGGAAUCUAAAAAUCAAAGGAUCGUCUGGAGAGAUGGUAAGAAUGUACUUCUGGCAGGUCGUGAUGGGCAACCUGGAAGUGAUGGUGGUGAUGGUGGAUCAGGUGGUCGUGGAGGAAAUACAGGAGAGAUUAUGUUUGCCCCUAUGUCAUCUGCAGACUCGAACCAUCUGCGUACAGUUACAGGAAUGGGUACUACCGGCUCAGGUGGGAAAGGUGGUGAAGGAGGGACGGGAGGAGUGCACGGCAACAAUCUUUACGUAUACCUACCAACGUUCGCCGGAGUUUAUAGAGAUUUCCAAACGAGAGUAGUGUACAGAGAUGAUCGUAGAGCAGCAGCAGGCAGUCGUGGCAGAGAUGGCUACACAUAUACUUACGAUGCUGGAGAUAACGAAGAAAGUGACAGAAUUUCGAAUUUGCCAGAUAUAGUAAAUGAAUACAUAAAAUACGCGACAGAAAACCUUCAACGAAGUCCGAGGGAAUCUUAUCUAACACAAUUUAUCAACAAGUUGAAGAAUGAUACGCGUUUCAGAAAUAAUAUUGUCAGAAGACGUCGUCAUACUAGAACGUUAAAAGCACUGAAACCAAGCAUCAGACACGUUCGUGCAGCACCAAUUCCAGAAACCCAAUCCGCAAAACAACCCGAUAACCUCAAUACAGAUAAUUCGACCAAUGCAAAAAGUGCAGGUGUCCGAAUUCAUUCACCCAUCAACUUCGCUGCUAAUUUAAUGAGCAAUUUCUUCGGGCAAUGGAAGCUCUUCGGUGCCUCAACCAUUUUCAAUUACGGAUUGGUAAAAGGUGGCAUGGAAUUAUUGUUCAGAGAUUCAACAUCAACACCUUCAAAUAUUCAUACUACUCCUGGAGGAGGUACUCAUUGUGCAAUAAAACCUGGAAAUUUCAAUAUCAACGAAUCCCUGGCAUUGGUUGAUUUCGCUAUUCGAUGCAUUACGAAAAAAAAAUUUUACAACAGCAAAGAGCAAUCGAUGGAUUUAUCUGAGGUGACAGCCACUGCACUAAAUAUCAUCACGGAGUUUGAAGAAAUAUUGAGUGAUAUAUCUGCUCAAUAUAAUUUACCUUCGGAAUUCUUGGAAUUUGAUCCGGUAACAUUGAUAUCUAAACUUGAGAAAGAGUUAAUCAAUCAAAAUUACCACAAAGUGGGAGAAAUAUUGUACCAAUCUAUUGAGAGUGAAUAUUACAAGGAAAAUCCUCAAUUCCACUCUCAUAUGCUUGGUAAACUUGACGAAAUAUUGAACAAACAAGAAAAACAUCAUUUCAAGAGGUACAACUUCAAUAAUGACAACUUUAAAUCUCACAAUAAUGCGAGUAAUGUUAAUAAGAUAGAAAGUUUCUACAAUCGUAAUAUGCAUCACCUUGAAGCAAAAAACUUACAUAACCUUGAACAAAUCAGCGCGUAAUAAUUUGAAACAAUGUAUUCCUGAAUCAUGCCUUGAUUGGCGGGGAGGGCCGGGACCAAUUUUGGUGGGGGAGGGGAAAUUGGAGUAAUUUGAUGCAAAAAUUGACAAUUUUGGACUUUUUUAAGACUUCUAAUUUGUGAAAAACAAAAAAAAAUUAAAUUUUGGCUUGAUCACGGUGAUACAUGAAAUCAAUUGUUCAAUAAAACCAUUUUUCAUUUCAUUUUUUCGAUUUUUUAUUAUUUUUGAGGGCUCCUCACAAAGGACCAUCAUUGCUCGGGGGACGCAGAAUUUUUUUUUUUUUGGAGAGGAGUUCACUGGAAAAAAUGAUAAAUGCGAUGAAGAAAUUGUAAAUUUUUGAAAAAAUUCAACUCUUCUUCGUCAAUUUUUUUGGGGGGGGGGUCUGCCUGAAGAAAAUGUUAUUUUGAAGAGUUCUAUCGCGAAAAUUGAAAAUCCUGGGAGACUAAAAAAUGGCUUAGGUGUUAGUUAUUACAUUCUAUUGACUUUUUUUUCAAAUUGGAGGACCCUCAGUACCAAUUUUACACGACUUGAGGGGAAAAUCAAAAAAAAAGCAGGGAAUUUAUUUUCUCAGGAAAUCCAACAAGUUAAAACUGUUGAUGUAUAAAAAAUUGAAACUUCAAAUUAGGACCAUCUAGUACAAGCAGGACAUUCAAAUGUGGCCCAUUUUCAGAGAAAUAAUCAAAAUUCAUUUUGGUUAGUUCUGGGCUUCAUUUGAAUGUCCUAUUUGAAAUUGGAAAUACAUAUGAAAAAUGCAUUAGGAUGUGAUCAUUUAAAAUGAAAGGUAAUUAUUUAGCUCAUACCUACUCAUACUUUGUACUUUAUUUGUAUACUUAACUCACACCAACCUCAAUAGACUUAGUUUCUUUUAAGAAAUACUUAUAUCUGCAUAAAUAUGCUUAGAUGUAAGACAGUAUAUUAUACAUUGGCCUUUGCAGUGUACUUUAAAUAAAUGAUUAAAGCUGCA